AUUCAUCAUAAAAAAUCUGUAACUAGAGAAGAAGAGAGGCAAGAACGCCUCGACCAUCACAAAUUUAUGGGUUCCUCUAUUCUCAUCCUCUUUCUCUCUCUCCUUCUUUGUCACCUUUCUUUGCCUUGCAAUGCAACUAAUCAGAAAACAAACCGUUUCAGAACAGAGUUCCUUCAUCAACCCUCUCCCAAUAAUGUCUCCAUCCCUCGUUAUUUCGAAGUAACAAAACCCAUUGAACUACCUAAAACAAAACCUUGUUCUUACCUCAUCCUUCAGCAUGAUUUCGGAAAUUCAUAUGGUAAGCCCCCUGUUCUUGCUGAAUACAAACCUCCGUCAGAUUGCCCAUCUCAGGAUUUCUCCAAAAUCGUUCUUGAAUGGAAAGCCACUUGUAAAGGGAGGCAAUUUGAUCGUAUUUUUGGUGUUUGGUUGGGCGGUGUCGAGAUUCUCCGCAGCUGUACUGCAGAGCCUAGUGCCACUGGGAUCGUCUGGACCGUCGAGAAGGACAUUACAAGGUACUUUUCAUUGCUUAAGAAUCCGCAAAGAUUUUCUGUUUAUAUGGGUAACAUUGUUGAUCAAACCUACACUGGAAUCUACCAUGUUAAUGUAACAUUCCAUUUCUAUCCUGGGGAAGUACCCCAAAGUUCCCUUGAGCGGCAGAAUUCGGUUUCUGGGUUUGAUUUUCCUGCUGAUAUGGUAAUACCCAUAUCAAGAAACCUUCCUCUGAAUGAUGGGUUGUGGUUUUUGAUUGAGAAUUCAACGGAUGUACAGAAGAAGAAGUUCAAAAUUCCUCCAAAUGCCUAUCGGGCUGUUCUGGAGGUGUAUGUUUCAUUUCAUUCGGAUGAUGAAUCCUGGUAUACUAAUCCUCCCAAUAAUUAUGUGAAAGCAAACAAUUUAACAAACGUGCCUGGAAAUGGCCCUUUUAGGGAGGUUGUGGUUAGACUCGACGAAUGGAUUGUAGGUGCUAUCUGGCCUUUCACUGUGAUUUAUACUGGAGGAAUCAAUCCUCUCCUAUGGAGGCCCAUCACUGGGAUUGGGUCUUUCAACCUCCCUUCGUAUGACAUUGAGAUUACGCCGUUCCUUGGCAAGAUUUUGGAUGGGGAUCACCACAAUUUCGGGUUUAGUGUAACAAAUGCUCUUAGUGUAUGGUUUAUAGAUGCGAAUUUGCAUGUCUGGUUGGAUAGUAAGAAUCAGAGAACUAGGGGAAAGCUUACGAAACACAUAAGCUCACAUCCUCAGGUAUCCCUGGUUUCACAUUUCAAAGGUGUGAAUGGAUCUUUUCUUAUCAAUGCAAGAAGGUCUAUUAUUUCAUCAGGAUGGGUGAAGUCCUCCCAUGGGAAGAUCAUAACAUAUUCAUUCCAAAAUUUUAGUUUAACAAACUCAACGGAGAUGAAAAAGAAUUUAGAUUUGCAGAUUGUAUCUCAAGCAAUUGAAGCUAAUAGAAGUGUUUUAGCAAAGCUUCCUUCUACUUUUAUGUAUUAUAUCAAAUCAAUGCAGAGGUUUCCCUUUUAUUUGUACUCGGACAAUGUGAACCAAGGAAAUGGCAGUUUUACUUCACUUGUGAACCUCUCGUUGGGAUUUAAUGAAGACAUAUUUUCUGAUGACCAUUUUGGUUUCUCUAUGAGCUCUCUCAGAAACUUGCAGAACGGAAAGGGUAAUAUGCUUGUAAAGGGAAACUUGGUAGUAAGUGGGUUAGGAAGUACUCAGCAAGUAUAUGCAUAUGAUAGUAAUGAAGAAUGCUACUUCAGGAAUGUGAGCAGUAAAAACUACACUGUUCUUUAUGAUGAAAAAAGAGACCUUUGUGACAGAAAAUCAAGUAAAAGAUUCAAAAUAUAUUUUUGUCUUAUAAAAUUCCUUCAUCAACCCUCUCCCAAUAAUGUCUCUGCAAUCACUCGUUAUUUCGAAGUAACAAAACCCAUUGAACUACCCAAAACGAAACCUUGUUCUUACCUCAUUCUUCAGCAUGAUUUGGGAAACACAUAUGGUAAGUCCCCUGUUCUUGCUGAAUAUAAACCCCCAUUAGAUUGCCCAUCUCAGGAUUUCUCCAAAAUUGUUCUUGAACGGAAAGCAACUUGUAAAGGGAGGCAAUUUGAUCGCAGUUUUGGUAUUUGGUUGGGCGGUAUCGAGAUUCUCCGUAGCUGCUCUGCAGAGCCUAGAGCCACUGGGAUUGUCUGGGAAGUCGAGAGGACAGUCGGGAAGGACAUUACAAGGUACCUUUCAUUGCUUAAGAAUCAUCAAACGUUAGCUGUUUAUAUGGGUAACAUUGUUGAUCAAACCUACACUGGAAUCUACAAUGUCAAUGUAACAUUCCAUUUCUAUCCUUCGGAAGUACCCCACAGUCCCCUUAAGAAGAAUUCUCCGAAUUUGGUUUCUGGCUUUGAUUUUCCUGCUGAUUUGGUGCUACCCAUCUCAAGAAACCUUCCUCUGAAUGAUGGAUUGUGGCUUUUUAUUAAUAAUUCAACAGAUGUACAGAAGAAGAAGUUCAAAAUUCCUCGAAAUGCCUAUCGGGCUGUUCUGGAGGUGUAUGUUUCGUUUCAUUCAGAUGAUGAGUCCUGGUAUACAAAUCCUCCCAAUAAUUAUAUAAAAGCAAACAAUCCAACAGAUGUGGCUGGAAAUGGACCCUUUAGGGAGGUUGUGGCUAGACUCGACGAAAGGAUUGUUGGUGCCGUCUGGCCUUUCACUGUGAUUUUUACUGGAGGAGUCAAUCCUCUCCUAUGGAGGCCUGUCACUGAGAUGUCUUUUAACGUUCCUUCAUAUGACAUUGAGAUUACGCCGUUCCUUGGUAAGAUUUUGGAUGGAGAUCUCCACAAUUUUGGGUUUAGUGUAACAAAUGCUCUGAGUACUUGGUAUAUAGAUGCAAUUUUGCAUGUCUGGUUGGAUAGUAAGAGUGAGAGAACUAGGGGAAAGCUUAUGAAACACAAAAGUUCAUAUCCUCAGGUCUCUCUUGUUUCGCAUUUUAAAGGUGGGAUUAAUUCUUUUCUUAUCUAUGCAAGAAGGUCUAUUGUUUCAACAGGAUGGGUGAAGUCCUCCCAUGGGAAGAUCAAGACUUAUUCAUUCCAAGAUUUUAGUUUCAUGAACUCAAUGGAGAUGAAAAAUAAUUUAGAUUGGCAGACUGUGUCUCAAGCAAUUGAAGCCAAUAGAAGUGUUUUUGCAAAGCAUACUUCUUCUUCUAUGUAUUAUAUCAAAUCAAUGCAGAGGUUUCCUUUUUAUUUAUCCUCAGACAAGGUGAACCAAGGAAAUGGUAGUUAUACUUCACUUGCAAACCUCUCAUUGGGAUUUAAUGAAGACAAAUUUUCCAGUACCCAGUUUGGUUUCUCUAACAGCUCCCUCAGAAACUUGCAGAAUGGACAGGGCAAUAUGGUUGUAAAGGGAAAUUUGGUAGUCAGUAGGUUGGGAAGUACUCAGCAAGUAUAUGCCUACGAUGGUAAUAAAGAAUGCUACUUCAGGAAUGUGAGCAGUAAAAAUUCCACUGUUCUUUAUGAUGAAAAAAGAGCUCUUUGUGACUGAAUAUCUUCAACUGGCUUAGGCUUUAGAUUGCAUAGAUGUUGGCCAUUGGAGUCAAAGGGGGUUGGCUUGGAUUCAGCUGAUGCUCUACUUGCUCCAUAAGUUGAGAAUUACUGGCUCCAUAUCUGAAAGGAUUUGGGCAGUGACAGCUUAAUAAUGAGCAUGUAAGAGUGAUAGUCAGGAAUAGUUACUUCUCAUGGAUAUUUAUAAUUCAGUCUCCUGUAGUCUUGAUUCACUACUUUUACCAAAUUAAAUUGGAUAAUUGGAAGAACAAAUAUUUGAGUCCUUAUCCUCUGGUUUGUGCAUGAAACCUCUGUAAGCUUUUGGGAAUAGAAUGAAUAUGAAUCCUUGAAAGGAAAUCAAUAUACUCAUGUUUGUGUUUUAAAUCAACCCAACUUAAACUUCAUGAACUAUAGGAUCUAUUGUUUAGCUUUAUAGAUAUCUAGACUGAGCAUUCAUUGUAUACAUUUGUUUGAAAUUCCAAUAAAUUCAAAAUAAAAUAAAAAGGAAAACGAAAACUGUAUGAAGCUGUAAAUUAAAGGAGGUUGGAUUCACCUUGAUAUAUUUGAAGAGGUUCUACCACAGUUCAGGUGGAUGACUUAUUCGCUUUUAUGGUU